GAGAUCGGCGAUGGGAAAGUUAGUCGGUGAGCAACCGUGGUGGCGGCCGCUCGUCUCCACGAUGCUUGUAAGCGCGUACGCAGUGAAAGUUCGUUAGGCUGCGAAAUGCGGUUUGCUAUCGCCUUUCUGUUUGUGGCGACAUGGACAGCAGGGCAAUGUGCCGGGUUCGACUACGCAUCGGCGUGUGCACGGCCCAACAGGUCGAGCCGAGGCCGGACGUUACCUGAUGCACCGUGUGACCUCUCCAAGCACAACUACUGCACCACACCGGGGAAGAACUAUCCCUGGCAUGCCAUCAGGAGGUUCGUCAGAGAGAACCAGGGCCUUAUGCGGAGAAUGUACGGAGAGGAACGUCAGAUAUCUAUUAUUAAAGCAGAACUUGAAAAUUUCAUAGAAGACGAAGAUGACGAAGACUUUGAUGGAAAGUCAGCAGACUUCGCAGAGGACAUCAUCAAAACUAAGAUGAUGUACACCAAAAUGAGUCAAGGACGUGCCAUGAAAGACAAACCACACUUCAGACCAAUCAAUAGCGAAAAGAACAAAAAACUAGACAAUGACACUCUCAAAGUGAAACCCCUAGAGACAAAUCAAACAAAACUGAGCAACACGGACAACGGCACCAAAACUGAGAUGAGCAACGAAACGGUAAAUGAAAAAGGUAUAUCAUAUAAAACAAAACUUGAAAGCAUAGCAAAUAUAGAAAUAAAUAACUUAGAGCCAGAUGUUAUUACUUUAGAGGCUGUAAUAAAACAAAGUAUUGAGACUAAUAGCAUAUACCCAAAGUUUUCCGGUAAUAAUAAGGUUGAGGCAGUUAGUGAAACAAUGAAUAGUACAGACAAAAACGCAACUACAACUGAAAGUAUUAACACUACAGAGACCACAACUGACGGAUAUGAUUCGACUACUGAGGCGGGCAAGGACUGGCGACCAAUGAACGUUGACACCUCGACGUUACCACCGACACUUCUGUUCUCUGAGCAUGAGAAGGUCAAGAUAACCGAUCGGAUAGACACUAAGUUGCCGGAAAAGGAGGAGUUCCGUCCAAAACCAGUGCAGCACCAGGAGUCAAUGAGGCCAUCUGUUAUCAAGCUACGAGGAGCUAACGCUUGCGAGUCCAAAGAGCAGAUAGCAGCGCCGUUCUGGGCGAAUAGCACGCGCGGGGAGCAACUGGCGCUGCUCAACAUGUACCCUUACGAGCAGUACAUACACCUGGAAACAUGCGUGCAUGAGCGCAAGCAGAUGUACUGUCGGGAGGGGUGCAGAUGCGAGCAACAGUUCCGUCUCCACCGUCUCCUUGCAUACGACCCUCGGAACGAGUGUCGUGGUAUCUUCGCCGAGUGGUUCAAGUUCCCAUCCUGUUGCGUCUGCAAGUGCUAUGAUGUACCCCUAGAAUUCCGUGCCCGGUCACCCAGGAUCCUACAUCCGCAGUAUGACGAGGAGGUCAAGAGGGUCAUCUAUGAAGAUGUAGCGAGGGAUUGGUACUCCAUGUCGGCGUACGGCGAUGAUGAUGAUUUGUUUUAAUGUUAUACUUCAAUCAGACUGACAUAGAUACCUUCUACAGUAAACGGCAGUUAUUUUAUGAGAACCCACCAUGUUUGUCAUUUUUACAGUUUUUUUGUUUGUGCCCAUAUUACGUUAAUCUGUUAAAUUAUUUAUUUGCAAGACUUAUUAAUAC